CGUAACAGAUAAUCCAGAUAUUGAAGUCUUCUGGACUAAGAACGACAGAAAACGACCGUUUCUGCAACAUGGCAAACGCUUGGAAAUUCUUGAUAUCAAGCGUUCCUAUUCCGGAGAUUAUAUUUGUCACGCUCUGAAUACGUCAUUUCCUAUUCAGGACUACAAUGAGACUGACGUGAACAAGACUGUGAACGUCAUAAAAGUAGAUGUGCAGUAUCCCGCAGAGAUUGAUGCCUUCUCCAUUGAACCACAUGAAUUUUUGGAGAACCAAACUUUCUCCGUCACAUGUGACUUUCAAGGCAAUCCGUACCCGGUAUGGCCGAUACGUAAUAAAGAUAAUGAUAUUAGCCUUAUGUCUGCCACUUUGCCAGGACGUGCAACGUUGACAUCGCCUAAACUACCAUGUUAUUAUAUGGGCUACUGGGAAUGUACUGGGAGUAACAUAUUAAAUAAUGGAAUAAAUGUUACAAAAGGACACAUUAUUACAGUUUACUGUACCACUGACGAUUCAAAAUAAUUUAGCUGGCGAAAAUUCUUCAAGCUGUUGUGUAGGAAAACAUUUGGACCAAAAAUUUUGGACUUGUGGUCCAUUUAUGCCAUCAUUAUCAGGUUCUCCUAGACCACAGUUUGCAAAGAAUCAAUACGUGGUUCAGGCACAAGCUGGUAAUUACACGGAGUUAAAGAUGUAUGCAUAUGCCUACCCGAAAGCUCACUACACGUGGUCCAAAGAUGACGGCAUGGACCUUUCAAAUAUCACUAACCAAGAUGACUUUGCGGAUGGAACUACUUUAUCCUUUCCAGAGAUGUCUGUUCCUUAUUUUGGAAACUAUACAUUAAAGAUGCAAAAUGGAAACGGAACUUACUUUGCCCAUUAUCAAAUUGUUCCUCGUGGUAAACCGGAGGCUCCUUCAAAUUUACGUUUUUCUGACGUCACGUUUGACAGUGUAAAACUGCAGUGGACAUCAGGUUUCGACAUGGGCUCAAGGCAGCAGUUCAUUGUGUUGAUUCUCUAUAGAGAUAUGUAUAUACAGCUGUCAAAUUGGAUAUACGACAAUUCGACAAACUAUGGAAUCAAUCAGAAUUUUACGUAUGUAUUGAACAAGUUGGACAGUCAAAGACGAUACAAUCUAACCAUUGUUUCCCAGAACGCGAUGGGAUUUUAUUCACCUUUGACAAAAUCAUCAGUUGCUAUUACGACAAAGCAAAAUCCUGAUGAUGAGAAGUCAUCGAAAGCUGAUUUGAAGUUGAUAUUAGGUUUAACAUUCGGUAUCUUGGCAACACUUGGCCUGGCAGCAUUGAUGGUUUAUAUACUGAAAUACAGGAACUUUAAAACAUCGAGUGAGUAUAACCAGAAUAUUUCUCUCGGUACUAAACUGUAAGUAAUUUUAAGUAGUCAGCUAAAAUAAAAUGAAAUUAGAAAAUACCUGUGAUUUAAUAGUAAAUUGAUUUUAUGUCAUUUUCGAUUGAUAUUUGAGAACUGAACAGAAACGUUAUUGAUAAAAUAAUUUAUAAAUGUGAAGAUUCAUUUCCUGUAAUUUUGCAACAAACAAUAUGAGCCGCACCAUGAGAAAACCAACAUAAAACAUUAGCGACCAGCAUGGAUCCAGACCAGCCUGCGCAUCCGCGCAGUCUGGUCAGGGUCCCGGAUGCACAGGCUGGUCUAGAUCCAUGCUGGCCGCAAAUGCACUAUGUUGGUUUUCUCAAGGUGCGGCUCAAAUAUAAAAUUUCUAACCGAUUUCGAUGAUAAGACUAGAACAUAGACAACCAUAUGAAAUACUACUUCGUUCGUAUCAAGGUUUUUUUUUCUCUAUGAAUUAUACCAGGUACUAAAAUCACUAAUAUUACACAUCCAUUAAAAAAGGGUUAUGGCAGAAACCUUUUAACUCGUUUUCCCAUUGUCUAUUCCAGUCGUUUUUUAUUAGCUUACCUGAGCCAAAGCGGCUCAUGGUGAGCUUUUAUGACCGCUCAAUGUUUUCGUCGUCCGUCGUCAGUCGUCCGUCCGUCAACAAUUUGUAAAAAAAUAUUCUUCUUCAAAACCACUGGGCAGAUUUACACCAAACUUCACAGGAAUGUUCCUUGGGUGGUCCCCUUUCAAAAUUUUUCAAAGAAUUGAAUUCCACACAGAACUCUGGUUGUCACGGCAACCGAAAGGAAAAACUUUAAAAAUCUUCUUGUCCAAAACCGCAAAACCGUAGAGCCUCGAUAAUUAGCAUGUGACAUUAUCUAAUAGUCCUCUAUGAAAUUUGUUCAAAUUAUGCCCCUGGGCUGAAAAGAGGCCCUGCCCCGGGGGUCCCAAGUUUAACAUAGACUUGUAAAGGGAAAAGCUUUCAAAAUCUUCUUGCCUGAAACUGCAAGACCUAGACUUUUGAUAUUUGGUAUGUUGCAUUGCCUAGUGGUUCUCUUGAAGUUUUCAAAGUUUUCUCUAUAUAAGUCCAUAUAAACCAUGUGACCCCCGGGGCGGGGCCAUAUUUGACCCUAGGGGGAUAAUUUGAACAAUUUUGGUAGAUGACCACUAGAUGAUGCUACACACCAGAUAUUAAAGCCCUAAGCCCUGUGGUUUUGGACAAGAAGAUUUUUGAAGUUUUUCCUUUCGGUUGCCAUGGCAACCAGAGUUCUGAAUGGAA